CGUAACUUCAAAUGGUCACCCAAUGAAUGGUUGCAAGUCGAGGACUAUCUGUACUUGGGAUGGAGAAGUGAGAAAGUUGCAGGCUCGCUGGUGUCUGUGGGCAUCAGGUUGGGGAUGCCGGAUGAUGACAUGUUCUCGGUUGUACUCAGUUGAUAGAAGUUUUCUCCUUUAAAUGAGUUGCCAAAACAUGCCCCCCUCCAACAGCUUCCUGCAAAUCUCCCCUGCACUCACUGCCAGGAUUGCCUCUCUGUGAAAUGUGUGGCAUUUCCGCCAAUAACACUCAAAACCUCCAUUAAAUUUUAAUGGGAUCAGACUCGGCACUCUCUGCAGCAGACUGGUAUAAAUUGCUAAAUUGAUCCCGAUCACACCCCAAACUGCUUUUCCUUUGAUUUGGAUGACCUCGUUAACUACUUAUUGCCUCUCCUCUGGAUCCCUCCAUCUUUCCCAGCCCUGCAGGGGUCUCUGGAAAAUGGGCUUGCCCUGGGGCAAAAGGUGCAGCAAUUGCUCUGCCAGCUGCUCGCCCACUUACGCAGACAUAAAUUGGAACAAGAACAGCAUCAUGUCUGACGGCAAGGAGUGGGCCACCCUCAGCCCGGAGGAGUUCACCCAGCUGCAGAAGUAUAUUGACUAUAGCAACAAGAAAGUGCAGGAUGUGCUGAAGGAAUUUUAUGGAGAGGGUACAUUGUCUCAGCAUCGGCAAGGGGAUUUAAUAGACUUUGAAGGCUUCAAGCUCUUCCUGAAAACUUACUUGGAAGCAGAGGAGAUCUCGGAUGAACUUUGCUGUCACCUCUUCAUGUCUUUCCAGACCACGGCAGGACAAACCACAAAAGAGCCAGCCAGUGGUUUUGUUUGCGUCAAUGAUGUCUCUUGUUACUUCUCACUGCUAGAAGGUGGGAGGCCCGAAGACAAACUGGAAUUCACCUUCAAGCUUUAUGACAAAGAUGGAAACGGUCUUCUUGACAAUUCAGAGGUAGAUCGCAUCAUCACGCAGAUGAUGCGCGUGGCUGAAUAUCUGGACUGGGAUGUCACUGAGCUUAAACCAAUCCUGCAGGAGAUGAUGCGUGAAAUUGAUUAUGACAGCAGCGGUACUGUGUCUCUGUCUGAAUGGCUCCGCGGCGGUGCCACCACCGUCCCCCUCCUGGUGCUACUUGGAUUGGAGGCGACGAUGAAAGACGACGGGCAGCACCUGUGGCGCCUGAAGCACUUUAACCGUCCUGUUUACUGCAACGUGUGUGAGACGCUGCUCUUGGGGCUACGCAAGCAGGGGCUGCGCUGCACUUUCUGUAAGUACAUCGUGCAUGAGCGCUGUGCUCGGAAGGCUCCUCUCAGCUGUAUCAGCACCUAUGCUAAGAACCGCCGUGACACCAAUGUGCAAGCACACGUUUGGGUAAGAGGAGGCUGUGACGGCAAUAAGUGUGACAAGUGUCAAAAGAAGAUCAAGAGUUUCCAGAGUCUCACGGGCAUGCACUGUGUCUGGUGCCAUCAGAAGAUUCACGAUGAGUGCCUACCUCUCAUGCCUUCCACCUGUGACUGCGGGACUCUCAGAGACCAUAUCCUGCCGCCUUCAGCAAUCUACCCUGUUGUACUGGAGCGGCAGAACAGCCAAAAAAAUGGGACCCCUUCAGAAGAACCAGCUCAGCCAUUCACUACUCCCGAGGGACAGGCCUUGCGGAUCAUCCCUUUGCCUGAUACACACCCCUUGCUUGUCUUUGUCAAUCCUAAGAGUGGUGGAAAACAAGGAGAGAGAGUGCUACGGAAAUUUCAAUAUCUGCUGAACCCACGACAAGUUUAUAACUUAUUAAAGGGAGGUCCUGGACCUGGCCUCAAUUUUUUCCGAGAUAUACCAAAUUUCCGUAUCCUAGUUUGUGGUGGUGAUGGCACAGUGGGAUGGAUCUUGGAUGCCAUUGAUAAAGCCAACCUACCAAGUCGGCCGCCAGUGGCUGUCUUGCCUCUAGGGACUGGCAAUGAUCUGGCCCGCUGUCUUCGUUGGGGUGGAGGUUAUGAUGGUGAGAAUCUGGUAAAGAUAAUGAAAGAUAUUGAAGCAAGUAACAUCAUACAGAUGGAUCGCUGGUCAGUGCAAGUAAUGCCAGAUAAUCCGGAUGAGAAAGGAGACCCUGUGCCCUAUGAGAUCAUCAAUAAUUAUUUCUCCAUUGGCGUAGAUGCUUCAAUUGCCCACCGAUUUCAUGUCAUGAGAGAGAAAUACCCAGAGAAAUUUAACAGCAGGAUGAAGAACAAGCUCUGGUAUUUUGAAUUUGCCACAUCGGAGACUAUCUUUGCCACAUGCAAAAAGCUCAAGGAGUGUUUGUCUAUAGAGUGUUGCGGGCAAUCCCUGGACCUCAGUGGAGCCCUCUCUGGAAUAGCUGUCCUCAAUAUCCCUAGCAUGCAUGGGGGCUCCAACCUCUGGGGUGAGACCAAAAGACCUUUGGGGGAGGCAGCGGCACGUAGCACAGCCGGAGGAGCAGCACAGCCUCAAGUCAUUACUGAAGCUGAAAUCUUGAAGAACUGUGUACAAGAUCUGAGCGAUCGACGGAUGGAGGUGGUGGGCCUGGAGGGUGUGUUUGAAAUGGGACAGAUCUACACAGGUUUGAAGAAUGCAGGCACGCGGCUGGCUAAGUGCUCUGAGAUCACCCUGAGAACCUUCAAGCAUCUUCCCAUGCAAAUCGAUGGAGAGCCAUGGAUGCAAGCACCGUGCACAAUCAGAAUAACUCACAAGAACCAAGCUCCGAUGCUCAUUGCACCGCCUCCACGUUCCUCCAGCUUUUUUGGCCUGAAAAAGGGACCCCAGGAGACCUAAACGGGGCUUCUGUUCCUUUCCGGGAGCAGCUGCCUCUGCCAAAAUGCAACUUUGGGUCCUUGGUUGGGGUAUCCUGCUGCUUUGUGCCACAAGGAGAGCCCUGUUCCGUCACUACCGUCCAUAGCAAAUUAGAAGAAGCCAAAUUUCUGUGUAGUACAUAAAUGGCAAGGCGAGGUCCGGAUUUUUAGCUUUUGCAACAUACAUCGGUCUUGCCAAUUUCCUAGUUUGGAGCAGGAGAACUUGGGCUCUCUGCCCUGUUAGGUGCUGCAGCACCUUGUGAUUUGGUGGUGCCCUCAGGUUUCCUGCCUGUGCUAGUCUCCCUUUUAAUGUGUGGAUGCCAAAUUCUUCCUUUUUUGCCCACUAAAAAGCCUCUGUAGAUUGCUACCUCUUGUCAUUCAAAUUCUGCUCUUCGUAGAUUUUGCUUUUUGCACUUGCUGUAACUACUGAAAGACAAUGGUGGCACCAGCUGUUCUUUCCUUCCCAUUCUACUUCCUUUCCUCUCCUCUUUUUUUUUAAUUUAUUAUGAUUCCAUGCCAAGUCCUUCCCUGUACAGUUUUCUCAGAAGAGCUUCAACAUGGUAAUAAAGGGCUGGACUUGGAUUUGUUUUUUCCACCGUAGUCUGUUUUCUUAACUAUAAGCAGAAAUUAGCUGUUAGACGGUGGGCUUUCCAGUUGUUAAAACGUUAUUUGCCUUUUGGUCAAAGCUUGUAGAAAAUGAAACAAGGCACAUUACCAGAUUUCUGGCCCACAAAAGAUAGUGAAAUGGAAUCUCACCAUUGGCUCAUUUUACUUGCUAUUGUGGGAGCACAAUCUCAGUCAGGCAUCGCUAUAUGGGCAUUAAAUAGUAGGGCUGGAGCAGCAUUUCAGAAGUCAUGAACUUCAACACCCAAUCAACACAGCCAGAGGUGAAUGAUCUCUACAGCAAGAUCUGGAGGGCCACAGGAUUCUCUCCUCCCCCCCACACACACACACACACCAAGUUCUGUGCAAACUGGCUUUGUAACUGCUUGCAGCCAUGCAGCAGGAUAUGCACAUGCAAUGUGUUGCAGUCGUACGGAGGAUGGAAAAGUGGAGACUGAUAUAUCUGCUCAUGAUGAAAGCCUCAGUUGGAUUUGUAAAACUGUUGCUUUUCCCGCUUUCUUUCAGUAUACUGUUUGCAAGAAGGUAAUGUAAGAUUACACAGGAAUAAUAAUAACAGGGUAAAAGCAAGCAUUAUAGAUUUUCACUGUUGCAGGUUUGAUGUUUGAUUUAGUCAUCCCAAAUUCUAUCUGUCAAGGACUGGGAUAGCUUUUUUUACCAAGUGUGUGAAAAACUUGUUCAGUAAGAUUAGGGGACACUGGACAAUAGUCAAGAACGCUUUUCACUAUCAGUCUUAUAAAAGUCAGAAGGCUACCUUUUUAUUUUGUUAUCGCACAUUGUUUAUUCCUUUGCGGCACUAGGAUUAUGCUCUCAUUUGGAACAUAUCCUGAAAAAUCAACAGAAGAUUCCUAGCAUUCUUCUUCAAAUGAAAUUUCUAGGCACACAGCACUGCAUGCAGUGCAGUUGUGUUGUGUAAAGAUCCAACAUGUUGCAAGACACCCAUAAAAAGCAGAACAUGAUGCAACAGAAAAAGAGUGAAAGAGCUUAAUCCCCUCCCUCUGAAAUCACCCUCACCUUUUGUUAAUUUUAUCCCCAUAAUGCCCCAGGUCUAUCUUUUGGAGGGACACGCUUUAGGGGCCAACUGUUGAUAGCAAAGAGUAGAGCAUUUUUUCCCAAAGAAUUGAGAGGAGGCUGGGUUCACCUUAUUCCAAAAGACAUCAGUGUGGUUUCUUUGUAACUGCGUCCAAUCAUUGUGCUUUGUAAACACUGGUUUAUAGCUUAGUGUGAACCCAGCCAAUGUGGUUCAGUCAACAAACAGUAGCUGGGUUGUGAAUCAACCAUAAUUUCUUCAGUAAAACUUCCACUGCUGGUGCUGUGCAGUAAAGAAGGUAGACUGUGGCUUGUUAGACCUGGUUGUAAUGUAUUGUUUUUGGCCUGGGAUGGGAGAUAAGAUUUCAGAUAGUAUCUUGGGAGAUGCCACACCUUCCUUGACAGAUCAGGAUGCCAAAAGCAACGAGCACAUCAUGUUUAAAGAAUUAAGGCCUUUCCAUACUUCCAUUUUUAUCCCAAUAAAAGUGCAGUUGUCCAUUUAUUGCAUCUAACUUUGUACAAUUGUCACAGAAAAAGAACCUGGCACUGCCAUUUUUUGUUUAGUGACUCAGAGAAUGAAACAAUGGAGUUGGUUGGUGUCUGUACUGCAAGGCCAUGUGGGAAAAUCCAUUUUAAACCACAGAUGUUUGUCACAGAGGUACAAUAUGCUGAUAUCUAUGGUUUCCGAGAUUCUGGAAACCACUUUGCCUGUUUUCAUGAGCUUGGAAACAAACCCUGUGUUUGUGCUCUUGCAUGCUCCCAAGUGCCUCUUCCCACUUGAAUCAAAAGCCCUGCACAGCCCUAAUCCGGUUAGAAUGUCAGAACGUAACUGGGGAGACCAGGUUGACAUCCCAUUCUGCCAGGAGCUACACUGAGAGUUCUGAGAUUAAAAUGGAAAUAAGAGGCAGAUGGUCAAGGGCUUCCAGAGAAAAAGCACAGUGUAGGCACUGUUCAUUACCAAUAAUGAGGAAACUUGAUAUGUUAUUUCAGUGUGUUUUAAAAACAACAUCAAACACAGCUCUCAACGUAGCAGCGUGAACUGGGAAAACGAAGGGAACAUGGAAACAAAAACAUUGGAAAAUAAAAUACAUCAGACAAAGAAUAUUUUAUGGCCUGCUGAGCAAGACAAGGCUACUUAAAAGAGUUCGCAUUUACAGAGAUUUUAUUAGAUUUUAUUGGACUUAAAGAUGCUUCUGUGUUGUUAUGAAAUAAGGAAUGAAUCUGAGAACUUGCAUCCUCUAUUCAAAUUAUAGAAGAGUACGGCGAUUGGGAAGUGCUUGAGGGAGAACAAGAGAUCUGUCACCAACACUGUAGCAGGAACAAAACAGUUGGUGACACCAGCGUGGUCUCCAUUCAGUGCUAUGCAUUUAGUCUUACACAACCUUUAUUCAGUCUUGGUGAUAGUAACAGAAUAACAGAGUUGGAAUGGACCUUGGGGGUCUUCUGGUCAAACCCCUGCUCAGGCAGGAAACCUUAGACCAUUUCAGACAAAUGGUUGUUGUCCAAUCUCUUCUUUAAAAUCUACAGUGUUGAAGCACCCAAAACUUCUGAGGGAAGUCAUCCCAUUGAUUAAUUGUUCUAAUUGUCAGGAAAUUUCUCCUUAGUUCUAGGUUGCUUCUCUCCUUGAUUAGUUUCCAUCCAUUGCUUUUUGUCCUGCCUUCAGGUGCUUUGGAGAAUAGGUUGACACCCUCUUCUUUGUGGCAGAUACUAGAAGACUGCUAUCAUGUCACCCCUAGUCUUUUCAUUAAACUAGACAUACCCCAUUCCAGCAACUGUUCUUUAUACGUUUAAGCCUCCAGCCCCCUAAUCGUCUUUGUUGCUCUUCUCUGCACUCUUUCUAGAGUCUCAACAUCUUUUUUACAUUGUGGCAACCAAAACUGGAUGCAGUAUUCCAAGUGUGGCCUUACCAAGGCAUUAUAAAGUAGCAUUAACACUUCAUGUGAUCUUGAUUCUAUCCUUCUGUUAAUACAGCCUAGGACUGCACAGUAAUACAGUAUUAUAAAAGUUUUAAUCCAGUUGGGACUUGGGCCUUCACAAAAUCUUGGGACUAUUGAAUUUAAUGCUUUAUUAUUAUUUAUUAUUAAAUAACAAGUGUGAUUAGAAACCCUCAUGAGCUUGGAGCCAUCUGAAUGGGUUGGACUACUGCUUUCACAUCCUGGAACCAGCUUGAUCAAUGAGCACAAGUCAAGGAUGCCUGAUGAGGGAAGGGUUAAUUAGCAAAUGGAAUAAUUUGUAUACCAAAAAUGGGCAUUGUGGCCCAACUUGGGCAGUAGUUUGCACUGUUGAAGAAUUAGUUCCACACCCAGCAAUUUAAAUAAUAACUCUUUCAGCAAAUGUUGCUAUGAUGAAUUAUUUUUACCUUGGCUGUAAAAAGUACUGUGAAGCUAAUUAAUUUUUUAAGAUGCUCUGGUUCUCGGGGGCUUAUGGGUGAGUUGUUGGUCAGUUUGUGGAAACACUGGCCUUACCCUCCCUAUAACCAUACUAAGCAGGGUUUUCCAGGGAAAGGGGGCUUGGGGCUUGGCUGGCUUUUCAACACUUCAUAUUAACAACAUGUGGGAUUUUUGCAGAUAGCCAAAGGAAUGCGGUAAUGCGGUAUGAAAAAAGGACAUAAGAAAGUAAUAUAUUUUACUGACCUAUAACAUCAUGCAGUGUGUCUAAUUUUCUGUUAUCACAUUCUUGGCAUCUUAAAGUAGAGCUGUAAUUUUUUUCCAUUCGUUUCUGGAGUUCAAACUGCUUUGGGGGUUUUCAGGAAGAACCAAAACCACCUUACAAUAAUAGGCUGGAAUGGGACAAAUCAUCCCUGAUCAUUCUAAAAUCUUCCCAAUCAAAACCUUUUAUCAAUUGAAACGAUUUAAGUGAUUUCCUGCCUUUGCGUUUAUCUCAUCAAGUACAAAUAAGUAAAACUUGAUAAACUCCAUUUUUACUUUCGCUGACAAUGAUACAAAUGUAAUGAAGCAGAAAACCCUCAUCAGGAUGAGUAGCCUCGUUGCACAGCCAUGUCAGUUUUUGUUCUUCCCAAAGGUUUUGUUAUAGGGCCAUGCAGAAAGUCUUCAUAUUACUAUAACAACAUGGCUAAUCUGCUUUUGGUGGUUAUUGUUCCCACGUGGCUUAUAGCUGCUCAUACAGAUGUCCAUCUGUACUUAGAAAAGGCAAGACCAGCUUUAGAUUACUCAGUGUUAGUAAACCAGUCUUAGAUUACCAAACCACCUGUAUCAUUUUAAUUGCAAAUCCCCUUCCCGCAAUUUCAGAAUUUGUAAGGAAGUCCAUCCCUAUAUAACAAUUUACCUUCACAUAUUGAAUUACUCUGUGUCUAGAAUAGUUUCUGUUUUGGAGUGGGAGUGGUUGUGGGCUUAAAUGACUUUCACUCUAACAGAUGGCUCGCUCUUCCCACUGCAUUCCACAACUUUUCCAGAAAUUUAGGACCGCAGCAAACCCUGCCUCGCCUGCUAUCCAAGAAACCCUAAGCCAGUGAUUGCAAGCCUUUCAUGCUCAUCUUGUGAAAAAUUUGGAAAAUGCUUAACUUGACUCUGCUGGUGUAUCACACACACCUACACAGACACACACCAAGCAGGACAAAUACUUCUCCCUAGGCCACCCUGAGCAUAGACAAUUGGUGGCACUUCAGGAUGGGCAUGAAGUAGAGGCCUAGUCACCUAGGCCUUCACUUCAGCCUGAGUAGCACCACCACUACCAUUCAAAAUGACCAGCAUGUGCCAUUCCUCAACAGGGGUGCAAGCCUUGGGAAACAGUGUUGUGUGCCACAUGGCCCAGCGUUCCCCAGAAAACUCUGUGAGAAUGAGGCCUAUUUUUAAGAAUAGUGGUUGGAUGUUGAUGAACCUGAAGUGUCGCCCAAAACAUGGCAUGUCACCUUUGGUACAUGUGUCAUAGUUUCGCCAUCACUGCCUUAGGCCUAGACCAUGCCGUGACCUGGGAAUUAUUUUUCAUAUAAAUUGUAGAUUCCUUUAUCCACUCUGACUUUGCCUCAUACUACUCUCUUCCCAGGCAUCCAAUUCCAAAGGUAUCUCUGAAGUUUAGUCUCUGACUGUAUUCUCUGAAGAAUAUAAAGUGGCUGCAGAUAUUAAUGCUCACUUUAUAUCAGCCUGUUCUUUCUCCUGUUCUCGGUACGAGCACCUCUUUUUGGAAGAAACGUUUGCAGAAUUUGUUUUUUGUGAAAUGCAGCCACCCUCAUUCUCAUUUCCACCUCCAGAAUUGCCCAAGAGUGCUUUUGUGUCUUGUUUCUCCUCCUUUUUCUGUCCCCUGGAGCCACCAGUAUCCAGUUUGAGCUCUCUUGUCUUGCUCACAAUGCAAUAUCAACAAAGCAGCUAGAAAGCCAUUCCCUUAUGGGAUGGCCUGUUGGUACUGACCAGGUCUAGAACCAAAUUCUAGACUGUCCUUCAGCUAGCAAAUGGGAUGUCACAAUCUGACUGCUCUUCCCCACCUAAGUGGCUCACCUUGCAUAGACAAACAUCACACCGAGAAGUAGUCCAUCAAACUCUUGAUAUAUUUGUCAUGGUGUAUAAAGGAAAUACUGUGUUUUUUAAAGAAAAGAUGGACAGACAAAAAUUACAAAAAAAUACAGAGAUGCUCCAUUGGCUUAAAUGAUACCAGCCUGCAUCUUGUUGGUUCUCUCUGGGUUUGCAUGACAUGACAACUUAAUGUGCCUCUUCCCUGGGAAAUGCUUAUGCAUAACAGCAAUAUGCUACUAAGGAUGUCUUAGAAGCAGGUGUGAACCAUUUAAUCUGAGUGCUGUCACUUUGUGUUGCUGGUUCCUUUUUUUUUUUUCUUGUUGGAAAAAAAUAAAAGUCUGCAAUGGCUGAUUGGUGAUCAUGCUGCUGCAGACAAGAUAGAGAUGAUACUAUUC